AUGGCUUCCUUGAGCUCUCUGAAAAUGAUUUCUUCCCUCAAACUCUCCCAUUCAAGUUCUAGUUCUCCUCUUCAAAGCCAAAAGAAAGUAGGUUCUAGUCUCUUUCAAUCCCUCCCAGCCAAAACAUUAAAAUUGUCAGCUACCCCUCUUGUAUCUACAUCUAGAAGAAGUACCAACCACACCACAACCACUGCAUUCUUCUUCAAUAACCAAAAACAGCAUCAAGAUUCUCCAAGGCCAGCCAAAGUUCAAGAACUCUUUGUCUAUGAGAUCAAUGAACGUGACAGAGGCAGUCCUGCAUACCUCAGACUAAGCCAGAAACCUGUCAACUCUCUAGGAGAUUUAGUGCCUUUCAGCAACAAGAUAUACUCUGGAAACUUGGAAAAGAGAUUAGGAAUAACUGCAGGCUUAUGUGUGCUCAUACAGCAUGUUCCUGAGAAAAAGGGUGACAGAUAUGAGGCCAUUUACAGCUUCUACUUUGGAGACUAUGGACACAUAUCAGUGCAAGGAUCUUAUCUCACAUACCAGGACACAUAUCUGGCUAUCACAGGAGGCUCUGGAAUCUUUGAAGGUGUGUCUGGACAAGUGAAGCUGCAUCAACUUGUGUUCCCAUUCAAGUUGUUCUACACUUUCUACUUGAAGGGUAUUCCUGAUUUGCCUGCUGAACUACUUGGGAAGCCUGCUGAACCUUCACCAAACGUUGAGCCAUCUCCAGCUGCUAAGGCUGCUGAGCCUCAUGCCUGUAUACAAAACUUCACCAACUGA